UUUCUAUUUGAUUUUCAGCAUUUUAGGCCAUUGUUUCAGAGGUUUGUGUACGGGGGUGAGAAAAUCGCCUGUCAUGACCUGAAGAGGAUCCUCCGUGACCCCGAGUACAGGGAUCGUCUGCCAAUUGAGAAGGUGCACGAGCUGGCUGACCUAGCAGACUUCAACCUCGGGCGUGCUGUCAAGUACGAGGAGUUCGCCAAUAUUGUUCUAGGAAAAAAUGAUGACGCCACCAGCUUUGGCUCCCAGAACCAGCUCCACGAGAACAACCCCGUCCUGGGGCGGGCCGCCACCGCCCUCAGUGUCGUGUGCCGCAACACCACUCAGCAGACGAUGGUGGAGGAGCAUCUGUCCAAGUACAAGUGUCUCCCCCCUCCCUUCUUUAUGAUCGCUGUCACCAUUGCUCAGAUUGUGGUCUACAUCAUCUACUCCACCAAGACGGGGUGGUACACAGACGCCCUCGACAGCAUCUCCAGCAGCACCAACUCCCUCAUCUACUACCCAGACAGACGUCACGAGGCCUGGAGGUUUAUUUCCUAUUGGCUGCUACACCAGGGUUUUAUCGACCUCAUCUUCAACGUGCUGAUACAGAUUGUGCUGGGGGUUCCUCUAGAGAUCAUGUUCUCCUGGUGGAGGAUGGCAGUUCUGUGGAUUCUUGGGGUCAUUGCAGGUUCUCUGGGCCAUUCACUGACUGACCAUUACGAAGGUUUAGCUGGGGCUGCAGGUGGCGCUUAUGCCAUCAUGGCCGCCCACUGUUUUGUUCUUAUUCAGGAGAGGUCUCGACUGAAUGUUGACUUAACAGAUAGUAAAGCUAAAAGAAUCCUCUGCAGCUUACCUCUUCGUGUUUGUUUUAUGUUGUUGAUACUGAUCCCACAAAUAGCUCUAGCAGUCUACCGACGCUGGUUUCUGGAACCCAUACACUUAAAGAUUGGCAUCGCUGCUCACAUCAGUGGCAUGCUUGCUGGAAUCACCUUGUCGGAGCCUUUCUUAAAAGACAUCAAACGUUACCCAUUCCAAAAUGGAGUCGGCUUCUUUUCAUUAUUUACAUUCCUAAUGUUCAUUGGUGGAACUGUCCUCUUCAACAUCUUGUACAAGGGCUACCCAGAUGAGAUCUAUGACUAAGCACUUGUGGUCAGUUAAUUUGCUACAUUAAACACAUACACAUUUUGGUAUUUUUUGUAAGUGAACACAAGAGUAAAAUAUUAUCUGAGUAUUAUCAAAUCCACUGCAGUUAUGAACCAAAGUGACGAGAGUGUUGACUCUUGAAAGUAUUUGUUCAACUGAAAUGUUAUUUCAACACAUACACAUUUUGGUAUUUUUUUGUAAGUAAAAACAUAAGAGUAAAAUAUUAUCUGAGUAUUAUCAA